UAUAACCGCCCUAAGCUCUAGCUUGAGAGCGAGUGGCAGCUGUCGGCAGGAAGGAAGCAGUCUGGUCACGCUCACUGGACUUUGUUGCUGAUUAUUGGGAGAGAUACUUGGUGGCUGCUCCAACUGGCUUUGUCUCUGGACUCGCAGUGAAAAGGCUCCUUGUGGACACUGAGGGUCCAUCCUCAGCACUUGGAUUUCUACAGCCCCCAGGCCCGGAUCUCAGAAGGCUUCCAGAUUCUAGACCCCAGCAGACGCCGAGCCAUGGCUUCCAUGGGGCUACAGGUGAUGGGCAUUGCGCUGGCCGUGCUGGGCUGGCUGGGCGCCAUACUGAGCUGCGCGCUGCCCAUGUGGCGCGUGACGGCCUUCAUCGGCAGCAACAUCGUCACGUCGCAGACCAUCUGGGAGGGCCUGUGGAUGAAUUGCGUGGUGCAGAGCACCGGCCAGAUGCAGUGCAAGGUGUACGACUCCAUGCUGGCGCUGCCACAGGACCUGCAGGCGGCCCGUGCCCUCAUCGUCGUCUGCAUCAUCCUGGCUGUGCUGGGCGUGCUGCUGUCCGUGGUGGGUGGCAAGUGCACCAACUGCCUGGAGGAUGAGAGCGCCAAAGCCAAGACCAUGAUUGUGGCGGGCGUGGUGUUCCUGCUGGCCGGCCUGCUGGUGAUGGUGCCGGUGUCCUGGACGGCCAACACCAUCAUCCGCGACUUCUACAACCCCCUGGUGGCCGCUGGCCAGAAGCGGGAGAUUGGCGCCUCGCUCUAUGUGGGCUGGGCGGCCGCAGGCCUGAUGAUGCUCGGUGGGGCCCUGCUCUGCUGCAACUGCCCACCCCGCACCGAAAAGCCCUACUCCGCCAAGUACUCCGCCGCUCGCUCCGCCCCCGCCAGCAACUACGUGUAAGGUGCAGCUGCUCAACUCUGCAGGUCAGCUUUGUUUCUCCCUGGACUGAGCUCAGCGUGGCCUGCUAGGGACUGGGCAAACAGGAACUGAGCCAGGCCGAUGGCCGGCAGCUCUCAGCCCCUCCUGGCCCCCUCGGACACCUUCCCUAGGCCUCCUCUACAUUAACAAGAAUGAGCUGAGACUACCGAGUCACCCUCCUCCGAAUGGCAGGUCGAUACAGGGGAGGGGGUGGCGCAACAGCGAGUGGCAGUGGAGCGGGGAGCUGGCUCUUGCUGGCAGGACAGCUCAGCCUUGACUCUUCUUGGGCUCUGCCUCUGAGUGGAUGCCCUGACCACGUCCCUGUUGCCACUGUCCCCUUCUUUGAUCUUCCCCACUGUCUUUGACUGCAUCCUGUAGAAACCUGUGGCACUGAGAUUGGUUGGGGACUCUCGCCUACCUGCCUGUGGAGCCCAGAGUUGACAGACAGGUUUAGAGGGGAGGGGUGAAGGUUUUACAAACUGGUUUGGGUAGUGAUGGGGGAGGGGGCCAUAGAGGUGGCCCUGACUACCUACCUGUACCCCUUCCUGCCUGCCCUGCAGCCUCAGCACAAGUACCCUGGGGCCCUCGAGACUGGCCACCUCUGGAUCUGCAGUCCCUGCGAAAGUCAUUGGUCAGCCUGGGGCAGGGGGAAUGGUCUUUCUCUGGACUUUAUCCCAGGAAGUCCUGGAACUUUCCCCUACUAUCUCUGUGGUUUCUGUUUUGUAAUUUAAGAUCUAUUUGUCACGGUAAUUACUAUUAUUUUCUACAAUAAAUGGGACCUGUGCACAGGAACUCGGUA